AUGCUGUGCUUGCUCGUCGGUCUGCCCGCGUUUGCGCCUGUACCCACUUGCACGCCGGAGGAGAUCGCGCGUCGCUCGUGCCAGGGGCCCGUCCUUGGUUCCCGCGUUGCCGGAGAGCGCGGCUUCCAUCACGGCGUGGCCUCCGGCUCGCCGCUGCACAACGCUGUUGUUCUUUGGACCCGAUACACACCCGAAGCAGCCGAAGCGAUCGUGGACGUGCAGCUGCUGCUCGUCGAGGCGCGACACGCGGAGGCCCUGGUUUCGGACGGCGUGGCGGGCGAGCACGUGAAGACGUGGGCAGCGCAGACGGACAUCGAGAAGGACUGGGUGGUGAAACUCGAUGUGCGCGGACUCGAGUCAGGUACAGAGUAUGUCUACGCGUUAGUACAGACAUAG